GCCAUGUUGACAAAACUUCAUGUGAUGUGAACGACUUAAAGAUAGCAACAAUUGCAAAUUGAAUAAAAAAAACAAAACAAAUUAAUUAGUGCUUGCGCUUAAAUGAAAAUCUGAGUAAUGAUAGUUAAUUUAUUGUUAGUUGUCAAUGAUGUCACCAUAAUUUGUGUCAUGUAACGAGUACAUUGUCACAGCUCAUCACUGAAAAUGGCAGAUGUUGGCAGUUGUGUUGUUGUUGCUGUGCCGCGUAAUUGAAUAAAAUUAAAUGCCAGCUUGCACAAUAUUUUCCAAUCAUAUAAAUGCAAUUGCUAUAUGCAUAUAUACUUUAAAUAUGUUAGUAAACAACACACAUCUCUAGUGUGCAACACGAGAGACAACGCUGCGCGCAUGUGUAGAGCGAGAGAGAAAAACGCUCGUUUGCAUACAUCGCUGCUCUCUGAGGUAACGGAGACGGAGAGAGAGACGCUAACGGAGUCGGUGACAGCUGUGUGAGCGCUUGUGGGGGGAUUUGCAAAUUUGUAUAUUUAUUACUCAUCCAGCGAGCAUGCAGUCAUCGAGGGAUUUGUAGAGGAAAAACCAAGUUCAGUUGCAGUUCCAAGUUCGUGUAUAUACUUACAUAUUUAUUUGUAAUACAUCUGUGUGUGCGUUUGUCAUUUGUUGUGGGCGACAAAUAAAGUGAAUGCGAAUUUAAUACAUACAUACCACACGGAUUGCGUGAGUGUGUACACACACACACGCAUAUGUCACUGUGUGCGUGAGAAGCCCCAACUUCAGUCGAAAGGUUGUCGGUUCAAUAAUUUGCAACGAUAAAUAAAACGAACGCCAGCUGUGACUGAGUGACUGUGACUGUGACUGUGACCACUCGAUGCCCGGCUUCCAUCUCAAUGAAAUGGGCGAAAUGGUUUUGGACGCCAUCGAUGACAUCGGCGUUGUCGAUGUUUACGAUCUGGCAUCGGAUAUUGGCAAGGAAUAUGAGCGCAUCAUGGAUCGCUAUGGCACCGAUGCCGUCAGCGGUCUAAUGCCCAAAAUCAUCAAUACAUUGGAGCUGCUCGAGGCACUGGCAACGAAGAAUGAGCGCGAGAAUACAACCAUACAGGAGUUACGCGAGAAAAUUGCGCAAUUGGAGAGCGAGAAGCUGGAGAAGGCCGAGUUCCGGCGACGCUUUGAAAAGGAAUUGGAACUUAUUGAGGAACAGUGGCGCACCGAGACCAAUGAGCUGGUUGAUUUGGUCUCCUCGCUGCAGGAUGAGAACAAGCGGCUGGUGAAGCAAACCCAAGAUUUGCAAUCGUCAUCGGCACAAAGUUCCGGAUUGGGCGCCAGCUUAACCGAGAGCAUCAUCAGCAUGACCAACAAUGAGCUGCAUAGUGCACUCUCCGAUACGCAGGUGCUCCAACGGCUCAAGGAGCAGAUCUACAAGCAACGUGAUGAGCUAAAGCAGCGGGAACGCGAACUCCAGGACAAGUAUAGUGAGCUGGAGCAUGUCAACAUUCAGGCGGAACGACUGAAGGCCUCGGAGCGGGAUACGCGACGACGGCAUAAGCUAAUGCAGGCCCAGGUGAAGACACUCUGCGAGGAGCGUGCCGAUUUUCUAGCCCAACUGCAGGAUCAAUGCCGUGAGAUUAAUCAGCUGCGCAAACGUUUGGGUCUUGCCGAAAAGGAGAACGAGGAUCUGGUACAAUCGUAUGAUGACGAUCAAAACGAUCCAAAUCGACCGCGCUAUACAACACGAGAGCUAAAGGAGCUGAUCAGCGAGCGGGACGAGCUGUUAACCACCAUUGAUGGCCUCAAUGAGCAGCUGGCCGAACUGAAACCGGCGCCCAGCGGCAAACGAACACGUCACGUUUCCAGCUCCGAUGACAGCGACGACGCUGAUGACAACGAGGCCGACGAUGGCGUUGAGGCUGAUGCAGAUGUGGAUGUGGAUGCGGAUGAUGACAACGUAUCCGGUGAAACGUGCGUUAAUCCACAAAGCUCUAUAAAUUAUUGUAAUUUACAUGCUGUAUGUAUUUAUUUCCCAAAUGUCAGGCCACCUGGACAUGAUGCACCUGUACAGGGACCGCUACCUUAUGAGCCAGACGAUGCACCCUGGAAGAAGAGCUCCGAGUCGGGUAUACGCAAAUUUUUCCGUAAACUGUUCUCGGAUCCAUCGGAUGGCAGCAAUACAUUCCCGAAACGUUCCUUGGCCACGCUCUCGAAGAUGGCGCUCUCGGCCACGCCCGGCAGCGGCAACGAGCCGAAUCCCUGUCUGUCCUUUGCUAUGUUUUAUAUGCUCGCUAAGUAUUUACCAUUUUCUUAUAUGAUGUACAUAAUUUACAUAUUUGAUUGCUGUGCUCUCAUUAUUAUUUUAAGUUGUUAUUUCUUUUUAACGUAAUUCCUUAAAUAAUUCAUGGAAUCAUUCAUAUACACAUACAUAAUUAUAUUCUCUUUUGUUUUUGGAUGCUCAAUGCUUAUUACUACAUUUAAAUUAUGUAUACUUACUAAUCUCUAUGACCAAAAUGCAAGGAACUAAAUAUAUAUUGUAGGCUUGACUAGCAGGCAAAAUUGCGGGCAGACGAAUUCAUUUUCGGAACCGAUUCGCAUACAUAUACAUAUGCAUAUACAUAUACAAUAUACUAUAUACAUACAUCAACAUAAAUAUAACUAAUAUCUAUCUUAUCAUAUAUUACAUACAUACCCUAUACAUAUGCAAUGUUCCAAAGAACAAAAUGUGUGCGAAGUUAGCAGGCAAGUGAGUGAGUUUGAAUGAAUUUAAUCGAUUAGUAACCGUACAUUGAAUAUAACGAAUACAUUUAUUAAUUGUAGAGAGUUUUUUAAAUGAGAAUCCAACAAAACUGUUUUAGAAAUUAACUUAACAAACCGAGCUACAAUUUGUAAUUAUUAUCAAUCUGAAAACAGGCUCCAUACAAUUCCAGUUAACAAAUAGUAAGAAAAAAUAAAGUAGAGGGGUCAAUGAAAAGACAUUAAUAAAAACAUAACACUUACUUCAAUUAGAAAUUGUCAAGUUGUAGCUUAACUAUAUCUCUGUCUCCCUUUAUCUCUAUCUAGCUCUGUCUUUUUCACGUUAUUUAUUUAGCGUUCUAUCUGUCUUCCUCUCACUCUGUCUUUCUAUCCAUCUCUUUAGCGAAUUAAACCUUUUAUAGCAGUUGCCCCAAGCGGCCUUAUAUUAAAAUACACAAACCAAAAAGAACAUAAAAUUAUAAUUAGCCAGCGUUGAAUUGUAGCUGAUUGUUUGUUAACAAAUUAAUUAUGUAUUAAAUACCAAAACGAUAAAAUGAGUAAAGUAUUAGGAACAAAUCAAUCAAAUCGUAUAAUGUUGUAGCCGCAAUUUUUAACCAAAAUUUCAAAAUACAAAAUAUGACUAGAAGAGUUGUUGUUACCAAAACUAUGUACCAAUUAUAUAAUUAUUGUAGCUUAACCGUUUAUUCGUGUGCACAAAAUGUUGCAUUUGCCGCAGUUGAUGAAUAUUAGAUUAAUACAAGGCCACCUUAUAAGUAUGAUAAUAAUAUAAUAUCAAGCCCAAAUCACAGUUGCAUUUCCCUGCUUUUAGCUGCUAAUCUCUAAUAAGCUUUAACGCUUCUGUUCAUUUCCAACUAACUUCCUGUCUAACUUGUUUAACCAUCUCAUCAGAUCAGGUCUAGCAUAAAGUACAUAUCAGUUUUGAUUGUGAGAGAUAUUUUGGAAUACAAUAAGAAAUGUGCCAAAGACUUAAUGGAAUUCAGCGAUUGCCAUUGAUCCAAGAUCCAUACAUACAAUAACAUUUCCCCCUCAUUAUCUCCACUUCAAUUAUCAAGUUUUCUUUUUUUCUAAUAUGAAAAACUAAACUUUUAUACAAUAAAGAUAAAAAACAUGAAAAAAUAACGAAUUAAAUGAUAAUGCUGAAAAUAAACUGGAAAAGGCAGCUGGAAAGAAUCAAGACAUUCGGAAGAGACAUUUGUAUGAAGUAUUAAAGCUAUUAAUUUAUAUAUAAAAUUAAAACCGUUGUGUCACAGAAAUUGCAGAAAUAUCUUGCUAAAAAAAAAUCGAUAGAUAGUGACUGAAUAUUAAGCUUGUUUCACUAUAAUUUCAACUUCUGUGACACGGCGAAAUGAUAAAAAUCGAAAGCGAAUGGCAUUGAAUUAUAUAAGUAUAUUAAAUGAAUUAAUGUUAACUAAAUUUAUAUACAUAUAUACAUAUUAUACACAAAUAUAAAUACAAAUAUUAACCAAAUAACGCAACAAAAAAAAAAUAAAUAAAACAUUUAAAUUGAUAUACCUUAUACAAUAAAUGCCUAGUUCGAGUAU